AUGGUCUCCUUGUUACCCACUUUCGUUUCUUACUUUCUAAUUUCAUCAGUCUACUUUGUAUCAGCACAAGCCCCAACCUGUCCCAAUGGCCAACUUCCCGAAUUAGAUUCGUCGUUAAAGCCAAAACAAUGUCUACCAGGAAUGUCAGAAAAUCUGAUGUGUGGUCCGAAUCACAACUGUUUCUUCACCGGUCUCAACUACAUGUGUUGUCCUUCCAAUGAGCCAUCAAUCGAUAAUCAACCAAGUUGUCCAUACCCAAAACUGACUGUACUGGAUCCACAUGGAUUACCAUUGAAGUGUAGCCAGAUAGCCAGAAGCUGUCCAGGGGAAAACAUGUAUUGUGCCGAUGUGGGCCUUGGAUACAUCUGCUGUGAAGAUCCAUCAUUCCAAAGAAUGGGCCAUCCAGCGCCAACAACCACCACCAAACAUCCAAAGCAAAAGUAUCGUGUGAAAACCACCACUCCUCUGCCAGAAGAAGAGCUCGAGUGUCCAUCCGACUCCAUUGGUAUGCUUAACAGUAAUGGAUCGAGAGUGAUUUGCAAUUCGAGAAAUCCAUGUCCAGGGACCGACACAUAUUGCUUCGGAGAGUACAAACGAUCGAUUUGCUGUCAGAAGUACUUAUACGCUUCUGAUAUUCUUGAUGACCCCACUACCACAGCUAAGCCAAAACACGGACUUCAAAGCAUCAACAUGUCUAUGAAAAAAGCGUUGCCAGGAAAAAUGCACGAUGGCCAGUACCUUAAGCCAACGACCACUACAACAACUACUACCAAAACUACUGUAGCUCCAACAACAACAACCCAAGUGUCUCAAGAACUACCACAAAUUGCAAUUAACAGUGUUGGAGUCAGAAGGAAAGGACCAGCUACAGCUGUCCACUUGAAAUCCGCCGAAGUUGGAGGGAGUGCGACAGUAACCAGAACAUGGGUCCCAAGACAAUCAUUCACUUUCCCAACUCCGCCAACCACAACAACGACAGCGGCUCCAAGAACUAGACCAGUGCCAUCGGCUGUUGCCCGACGCAACCGACUAAACGGCGUACAAAACUUCCCAGCAAGCAGCGCAGACUUCAAACCGGCUAGCCUGAAUCUCGAGAGGAAUCAACAGAACAAUCCGAACCGACACGCGCUGGCCCAAAAGUUGUUGUCUUAUCAAAUCAGAAACGGAUGGCCGUACGAUGAGCGUUUCUAUAGACCAGACGUUGAUGUUUACACCGAGGAGCAGAAAACAGAAAUCGCUCGCAUGCGAUUCCUUCCGAAUUGA